UCUGCAAUCCUCAUGCGGUCUUGCUCAUCCGUGCCGGUCCACAGCCAGCUGAGAGCUCUUCCACUUCUUAUUUAUUUACUUAUUUUCAAAAGUAUACACUGUUCCAGUGAUUAGCAAUGGCUUCCACUGCCCCAAACACUGUAUCUUCUCCCUUCUCCUCCCCAGUGUUCAAAGCUCGUAGACCCACUGCCUUUUCGCCAUUUAACAGCUUCUUAAGAUCUAUUUCGGCUCCCAAAAACAACCCUCACGCCAGGCUCCCCAGGCUUUGCUGUGAUAAUGGGACGCUAAUUUGGCGCGGAUUGAGGAUUUCUCAUACAACAUCAGUAUCAAGAAAGCGUGUAUCGGCAGUUUCGAGUUUGGAGGAUGGUAGUCCUAAUGCGAACCCCGAAUCAGAGCCUUCCUCGUCAUCUUCUCCGCGGGAAGCAACUACUGAUAUAGGACUCCCAAGGAGAAGUUUGAUUGUUCAAUUUACAUGUAAUGUAUGCGGUGAAAGAACACAAAAGGUCAUCAAUCGAUUAGCCUAUGAACGGGGAACUGUUUUUGUGCAGUGUGCAGGUUGUCUCCAGCAUCACAAAUUAGUUGAUAACCUUGGCCUUGUGGUUGAGUAUAACUUGACUGCGGGUGUUGAUCCAGACUCUAGUACUGAUCAAGUAUGACAUAUUGCAUUGAUGGUCAAUGUUUUGCAGACUCUUUGGAGUUAAGAAUAUUCUAUGAUGUAGAGUGUGGUUCAAAAUUCUCCUUCAUUAAAUAUCAACCAUACGGGUAUAUUGGGAAAAAAAAAAUGUAAAGCUUCCAAAAAUGUAGACAGUAUCUUGAGUCAAUUUUUGAUUUAUUUCUCUUUAUAAUUCAAUAGUUGAAUUGAUUUUGUGCUGUAAAUUUGAAUAUUCUCCUGAGUAACUGGGAAAUCCUGGCUCAUCAAAUAACGCCUCUAGAAAAUGUAGCCCAUAAUAGCUAGCACAACAGCUGCAAGUCCAGUCCUUAUCCACAUCCCGUUUCUUCCUCCCUGAUGAUGCUGCGCAACUCCAUUCUAUAAUCAAGAAAAACAGAAAAGAUCCAUCAAAACAAUCUUCUGACACCAUAACGCCAUUAAGAUUUGAAUACUCAGCUUGUACAACAUUUCUUUUAGCAGUUAGAAGUAAUUUGUCAGGUGGAAUUAACUUGAGUAUUUGUAAUUUAUAUUACUUAUUUUUUUGGUGCA